UUUGAUACAUCAAUACACACAACCUUCUUUCACACUCACACUUGGACUAAUUGUCACACGGACCCAGGAACAGACAGGAGAGCUGAUGAUGAGUCAAGUGUCUUUAUUGUGAAUCCAAAAACAGUGCAGACUGGUGAAGAACUGAAAAGGCGUAACUUAAAAAGUCUUAUCUGUGUGGCGCGAUGAGAUCAGGGGAAACGUCCACAUGGGGGAGACGAGGCAGGAGCAGCAGCUAAGUCUUAGAGUAAUGUACACAGCCAAUUCAAAAGUGUUACAUUUUCAGAAGCCCUUUUCUUCCUGUGAUGAGCAUUUUCGUGGCAAAAUGUUGGUGAAAAAUCAGAAGUACGUGAAAGUGGCCAAAACUGAGGAGGGCUACGAAGACUUCAACACAUUUCUUCAAAAAGUCAUAGAAAAGCUAGGUCUUCCACUACAGUCUGAGCUGCGCUUGGCAGAUGAAUCAGGGACAGAAGUGGAUGCAGAUGUGUUUGAGGAGCUUUUGCAAGCAGGGAACCUUACUGUUACGGUGUCCACUGAACAAUCAAUAGGUAAGAUAUAUUAUUACUUGAUUUUGAUGGGAAAACAGUGGAUCAUCAGUGACAAAUGCGGUGAAGGACAAAUUAUUUUGUCAUUGUACGUGCAUAUAUUAAACUGUGUUACAGUUGUGCUUCAUGAGCAUGUAUCACACACUACGUCACCCGUGUCAGACAUUUCAUCCUCGUCUGUGUCAGAGAACUCUAUCAGACUAGUAUCCUCUGAUUCAUCAGAUGCAACAGUAAUUAUUAAGACAAAUGGAGGAAAAAGAACCCAUGCCGAACGGGAAUCAGCGAAAGAGAUGGUGGGAGAUGCUCUCCACUCUAAGCCAGGGUUAUAUUUACAAAAUAUAUUUAUAAAUAUUUGGGAGGAAUAUGACAAAACAAAGACACUGACAGAUAGAACACGGAGACAGAUGGUAAACCUUCUUGUGGCCGACAUGACUGAAGUUCAUGGGAGGAUCCCGCCAACCUCUGUUUGUAUGAAAUAUGCUCUUGGCAUCAUCUCUGUAUUUCCCAGCCUCAGAGAUCCAUAUUCAGACAAUGGAUAUGAACACUUCUAUGACCCACAGAGUGGACCUGGCUAUUUGGCCUGGAGGCUAAAGACCGUCUAGCACAACACUUUUCCUCUGUGCCAGAAAUUCUCCACCGGCACUACCGAUCAAGAUAGUCCAAAGAGAAAGAGGGAGUUUCUUCUGACUGACAUGCAACUGCUUGGAGAGGAUUGUCAUGAAGCAAUAUCCUUUAUGAAGCAUUCAACUGAUGCAUCGGUUAUCAAAGAGAAGAUGAGGGCCACGUUUCAAUAUCGCCAGUCACUGGUUCAGGAUCAGCAACAGUCAUCAACAGUCUUGGAUGUGUUUUCACGACACCCCUGGCUUGAUUGAACAAGUCUUCACCAUGAUGUUUGGAGAGGAGGUGUCAGGCAGACCUUUGGCAAAAUGGCCUACUUAUUUUAAACCCAGGAUCCUGGCAGACUGCAAGUACCUGAUUUCUAAUGAGCAUGUUGAAGAACUCUUGUGUGCACAGCAAAACUCUGAUGGGACUGGCUGGGACAGUGACCUGCCAAGUAUUUUACUGCUGGUUCACCUGCUUCCACCUACCUCCAAAGGCCACAAGAAGAGUGCCAAAAUUAGCUCAUAUCAAGCUGUCGACCAUGUUGUGAGAUAUCUGCGGAUUGGAACCAGUGUUGAAACCUUCCUUGCAGGUGUGAAGUCAGGACAGCCCUUCCUCCUGCGUGUUGGUGAGCAGAGGAACAACAUCCAAAGGUUCUAUGUCAUCCUUGAUCACAAGCCCAUCCCUUGCAAAGCACAAACAUCCCUGGCAGCUUUCGAUGAGCUCUUCAAAGCACACUUCAUCUUCAGUGUCAACUACCACAAAUCCCUCUACAACUUUUACACAUUCAUCCAAACCACAGUGUUCAACAUUGACGUUGGAAGUGCCAAAGAAAAUCCCAGAGUCAGGGAGCUCAGAGCAAGAUUUCUUUACAACCCUUGAGGUGAUAAAUAUCCUUGGAGGCAAAUAUGUUUUUUUGUGUAAGGCACACCACAAAAGUUCUGCACUGCUUUGUCAGCAUUGAAGGCUCAAUCAUGGUUUAUAUCCUGGAAAAACUUUACGUUUGCAAUGUGGACAGCUGGGGUGCACUUUUGACUGAUAGUGUUGACAAUGUGAACAUUCAUAAUAAAGCUGAUGAACCCUCAUCUUCUCAAGCAGUCAGUAUAGACACCCCAUUUGCCGCCCAACGGUCUGUUGUGAAUCAUCAAGUGUUAAAUAUGUGUGGUUCUGUUGUAGCACAGCUACAAGCACAUGGUGUUGCUGAAAGCACAGUGCAAGCAAUGGUAGAGUCCAUGGAGGAACUUGUAAAGGGCAUUCAUUGUCAAGUUAAAGAAGCAGUUCACAGCUGUUCAGACAUUCAGGGUACAGAUUUGGAUGAGAAGGUGGAAAAAUGUUUUGAGCAACUUGAAAAUCCUUUCUCCGUCUUGAACACAAGAGUGAAACGACAGAAGUUCUUUUGAGGAAAAGUUUGAAAUAGUUGAACCAGUUGAAAAUGUUCUCGGGGUGCGGUUUGAUCUACGCAGAGAUCGAACAACAGGAGUUUACACACAGAUCCCUGUAACAGAUAAAUUUGUGUACGUGCCAAUUUUGGGAACCCUAAUGUCUAUGUUCAAGAACAGUGAAAUAUGUGAACAUUUCUUGCAAGCCAAACAACAGGAAGAAGGCAUUUAUAGAGACGUGUGAUGGCUCGUAUUUCAAAAGCAACAGUUUGUUUUCUCUUAAAAAACAUGCUCUACAGAUUCAACUUUAUUAUGAUGAGUUUGAGACUGCAAAUCCCUUAGGUUCAGAGAAAGGGAUACACAAACUUGGUUCUAUUUACUUUGUAUUGAGAAACCUGCCCCCAAAAUUUAAUUCUGUGUUAAUGAAUAUUCAUGUUGUGGCACUCUUUUACUCACAAGAUGUGAAGAAAUAUGGAUUUGAUGAUAUACUAAGGCCUCUCAAUGAUGAUCUUAAAACACUUGAAACCCAAGGAAUUGAAGUGCCUUUCUCUGACUCACCUUUGAUUGGUUCUGUUAUACAAGUAACAGGUGAUAACCUAGGUUUACAUGGACUGUUUGGUUUUGUUGAGUCCUUCAGUGGUACAUAUUGUUGUAGAUUUUGUUUAACCAGUAAAGAUGAGUUACAGUCUGUCUUCACUGAAGAUGACCCUGGCAUGAUUUUAAGACAUUUUAAGUGCUCUUUUUAAUGUUAAUGCAUACUGUGAAGUGUCAACCACUAACUGGGUGAAGAACUAUGGAACAGAAUAUCAGAUUGAUAUGUUUGUUUGUGUUAGAACAAAUAUGGAAAUUCCUGAUUUCCGAAAGAUCACCAACAUCAUUAUAAGUGAUGAGCGAGCUUUCAUUCUGACUUCUAGAGUGGACACUCUUUAUUUUGAUGAUCAUUUGAAUGCAUACUGUAUAGAGGACAGAGCAGAUUCAUUUGCUGUUUUUUCACUUAAGGAGUUGAUUUCUUACAAACCUUAUGACAGACAGUUUUCUAAUGUGAUGGAUGAAAAAACAUACAUUGUGCCACAUUGUCAUACUGCGUGAAGUGUAUUUUUGUGGAGAGGUUCUGUUGUUGCGACAAAGCAGAGCUGUUUAUAUGGUGUGCUUGUUUGAAAUAAAAAUUGAUUCAGUUGA